CUUCUUGAGUUUUUUAUAUAUUCGUUUUCCAUGCGCGUUCUGGUAGGAAGGCUGGCAUUAAUGCAAAGUCUGCACUGUCAAAGAGUUAGGAAACCAUAAAUUUCUAUCGAAUUCCUAAUUUUCUCCCCAAAAAAUCCAAUCUUGCCAUAGUUUCUGUGUCUGUUUUCUUGUGGGAUAACCAUCAUCAAUGGAACAAGAACCACAUCAAUGGGUAGUGCAUCCUCAUGAAGAAGAAGAAGAAGAAGGAAUGAUGGAAGAUGGUGCUUUGAUAAGAAAGAAAAUUGUUACAGAAGAAGUAACAUCCUUCUCCUCCACCACUUCCUCCUCCUCUUCUAGUAGCAAUGACAGUGAGCAUGAUAGUGGAACUUGUUCAGUGGUCACAGCCCCAGAUGGAUCUCCUGUUCAGAAAGAUGAAGAAGUUUCAGAGAUAGGAAAUGGUGGUGAAAAUUUCAACCAUGUUAAUGGUGAUAAAUCAGAUUAUGAAGCUGUUGGGCUUGCACAAGUAGCAGAGUUUGCAGGAGAACCAACAAAUGUAGAGGCCAUAAGUGGUUUUAAUAUGUCACAGAAUAUGAACAGUGUUUAUUUUGAUAAGCAACAAGGAAUGUGGAAAUGUCACCACUGCACAUGGACCAAGAGAUUUGACAGUCCUUGGACUGUGCCAAAUUGGAAUCUUAAGGGUUAUCCUGACUUGAUGAUGAGUGUCAAACCUAUGAUUCAACAUGCACCAUGUUUUGUUUAUGAAAUUAAAGAUGACGAAGUUAAUGGACUUAAUGGAGUUCUAAAUGGUGUUGCUAAUGGGUCUGUCCAUCCAACAAAUCUGGGGGAGAGAGAAGUUAAUGUACAAGCAGAUCUGUCAGCUAUUCAAAACAGUCUAUGCAGCGAAAACACAAGUCAGUGUAUUAAAACUGUGGACAACAAGCUCCCUUCCAUUCCAGAACUAUCCCAUAAGCACAAUUCAUCUGAUAUACAAGCUACACCUGUUGCAGAUUUUCAUGAAGAAACUAGUGCAAAGGAAGCUCCUAAUUUGAUAAAAGAAGAGAUUGAUCAGCCACUUGAAGAAUUUGAUGUUGAGGCAGUGUUGGAAAAACAAGAGACUCAUGAUUUGUUCUGUCCUAAUUGUCAUUCUUGCAUUACUAAAAGGGUAAUCCUCAAAAAAAGAAAAAGGAAUCCUGGAAAAACAGAUAUUGAAGCCAAGCGUGAUAAGUUGGAGAAAAUUCAUAAUUUAGAGCAUGAUAAGUUGGAGACUAUAGGCAGCUCAGGGCUGUUAGAUAGUCCUGAACAUCCCAAUGCCAACCCAGGUGAUAAUGCAAAUGUAAGAUCUGAGCCUGAUAUUGUUAGUCAAGAGCCACCUGCUGAAGAUAAUCAGCCUCGUGAAGAACCAGAAGUAUUCAGAUGUUUAUCAUGCUUCAGCUUCUUUAUUCCUAGUGGAAAAUGUUUUGAUGCAAUCCGUAUUUUUGGUGGUGCCAGCAAGAAGGAAGGUGCACAAAAUCCUCCCAGUGUACCUGCAAGUAAUUUGCAGUUUCCUUCAAAUCCACAAGGCUCCAGUGCAAAUUGGUUUAAAUCUCUGAUUAAUAAGGGGAAAAAAGCUAGUGAUGCACCCCUUGAAUAUUCUGGAACUGGUUCUGCUCAGCAGCAUAACUCAACAUCAAUCACUUCAGAUGAGCUCACCUCACGUGGAAUUGGUCAUUCUGAAGAUCCACCUGCUGAUACAUCUGUAGUUACGGAUGUAAAACCUACACCAGAUAUCAAUCAUGCACAUGGAGGCAUGGAUUCUUUGAUUUCAUCAACAAAUGAUUUGUCAUCUAUACAGUCCGGUACAAAAAGUGCCGGUGAUUUGGUGAAUGGAAUGCAGAAAGUUGUGCGUGAUACAUCAGAUUUUUCGUACGUGAAACCAUUGCUGGAUGGAAACUUGAGCAGUGAGGGAGAGAAAAAGGGAUAUGAUAGUCUUCCAUUAGCAGCUUCUACUCCAAAAGAAGCCGUUCUGAAACCUUAUGAAGGGAAAACUGAAAUUCUUACUUCUACAACUGUAGGGUUUCAAUUUCUUGAGGGUACACCGAAAGAUGUAGACAAGACACCUGAAAUUAUUGGGAAUGGUUAUUCAUCUGUGGUACAUGGAGCACAAUCACCAAUUCAAUCAUCUGGCAGUGCAAUACAUGCAAAUGAUGUAGCUAGUAAUAAGCAAAAUUUUAAAACAGAUGCCAUCUUUCCAUCAAAACUAGAUUUUACUCCAAUUGACAAGGAAAUAUAUCCUCCUACCAGAAAGGAAAAUGAAGGUGGAGACGUGAUAGUUGAUAUUGGGAAAGGAACAUUUGUAUCCGCAGCACCUCAUACAGCAGAUGAUAUUCCAGCUGAAAGUACUACUAUAACUGAAACUCAGAUAGAAACUGUACAACCCAGAGAUGAAGUUGGCGAACCUCAAGGAUGGGAAAUACUUAAAAGCAUUGUGUAUGGUGGUUUAGUUGAGUCAAUCACAAGCCUAGGAAUUGUGUCAUCUGCAGUUAGUUCGGGUGUUACCCCAUUGAAUAUUAUAGCAUUGGGAUUUGCAAAUAUCAUUGGUGGACUUGUCAUCCUUGGUCACAAUCUUGUUGACUUGAAAAAUGAUCACUCUGGAGAGGAUCAAACACAAACGGUUGUGCAAGAUCGGUAUCGAGAAUUUCUAGGACGCCGUGAGAACUUCUUGCUUCAUGCUGUUGUAGCUGUUUUAUCAUUCCUGAUUUUUGGUGCUGUCCCCCUUGUUGUCUAUGGCCUCUUGAUCAAUAAGAGUUACGACACUGAACUUAAGCUUGCUGUGGUAGCAGCUACUUCUGUUGUGUGCAUCAUUCUACUUGCUAUUGGGAAAGUUUACACCAGCAGACCACCCAAAGCCUAUAUGAAAACUGUGUUGUACUAUGUUGCAAUGGCACUUUCAACCUCAGGAGUAACAUAUAUAGCAGGCAACCUCAUCAAGGAUCUCCUAGAGAAAUAUAACCACCCAGAAUCAGGUUUCGCUAUAACCAUGAUGCCCAUAUCAGGCACAAACACGGGAUCAACAUGGAUGUCUCAAUGAACUGGUAGGAAGUAGGACUUUUUGUUAGAAGGAGUUUCUGUUUCUUCUUUUACCUUAUCUUCAAAGGUAGUCACUAGAGGAACUUGAUUAGAAUAAAUGUUUGUAGCAAGACGUGAAGGUUCAACCAACCUUUUAUUUUGUUUUGUUUUUCCUUUCCACGACACUCGGCGAUUUUGUUACCAAUAGAAUGACAACUUGGAAAAUAAAUUCAACAAAAUCUUUGUAUUCCAUCUAUUAUGAGCGUUGAAA